GAAACGUGCCACGUCGGUCCUCGAGCAGAAUCCAAUCAUUGGCUGGAAAACAUCACAUGUAGAGUUGUUAAGAUGGCGUCUCCGAAUGGAGGUGAUGAUUUUGAAUCCUCUCUACUAAGUUUUGAGAAGCUCGACAGGGCCUCACCCGACCUUUGGCCAGAACAACUGCCAGGAGUUUCAGAAUUUGCGGCAUCUUUUAAAAAUCCUAUCACAAACUCUCCGCCCAAAUGGAUGGCUGAACUGGAGUCUGAAGACAUUGAAAUGCUAAAAGAGCUGGGGAGUCUGACCACAGCUAACCUGAUGGAGAAGGUGAAGGGGCUACAGAACCUGGCCUACCAGCUGGGCCUGGAAGAGUCCCGGGAAAUGACAAGAGGCAAAUUCCUGAACAUUCUGGAAAGGCCCAAAAAAUGAUGA